CAUAAGCCAUAAGGCACUUGAACCAGUUCAUUUCCUGCUAUCUCUUAUCGCUACUUAAAGAAUCGCGACCGUAUCGCCGCGUCAGUCCUGCGUGCACCUCCCGUCGAAAUCCCCGCAAAAAGGACAACGCCAGGACCUCCUCGCGCUCUCGUACUAUUAGUUCUUGUGCGUCCAAGUCUAGCAGCCAGUGUAGGCGCACACGAGCCAAGAUCAAGACGCCGGCUCCGACAAUCGCGUGUCAAUUGUUCGCGCGCGCCGCCAAUUAACCGCCACUUAAAUAAAAGCACAGCUUUCGGAUUUCUUCACAGCUUCGCCGCCUUCGGACUUCGUGCAAUAUGUGCGACGGUGUCUAGUGGUCAAUGUGGGAGUUCGCGCGGAAGGGCCCCGGGUGUUCGAGCCGCCUGCUGGCGGCGGCGGUGUUGGUGGCGGUCUUGGCCGCGGCGAGGGCGGACGAGGUUAAGGAGUUCGUGGCGGUUAACGUGCUGCCGGAUGGGGAGGUGGAGACGAGGGUGUUUUAUGGGGGGGUUUGUGCGAAGGAAGUCACGGUGGGGAAAGGGUCUUCGAGCGACAUCAAGUUCCGCCAGCUAGCAGACGCCAGCCGCUUAAUCCAGCUAAUCUAUAACGAUGGAGAAGAUUUAAAAGACUGCGAAAUAAUCCAUCAAAGAGACCAAGUAAGAAAGUUCCUACACUCCUUCAAAAGCGACUUAGGCAAUCUCAUAGCUACCUCAAACGUCACCGUCGAAUCCUUAGAUAGUAAAAAGCUCCCCGAAGAGUUUUCCUCGUGGUUUAACUUCACCCAGCUGGUGAACCAGUGCAAGAGGCUCCACCACCAGAUGAAACAAGAAGUAUUAGAGAUGAAGACUCAUCAGACUGAUAGGCAGAAACGCGACGUUUCGGACUUGUUGAGAGUCCCGGGGACCAAGUGGUGCGGGAAGGGGUACUCCGCCGAUAAGUACACCCGGUUGGGCGGCUUCUCCAGGACCGACAAGUGCUGCAGGAGGCACGAUUUGUCCUGCAGGUUCUGGAUAGGGGCCUUCGAGACCAAGUGGGGCCUGUUCAACUGGAGGAUCAACACGAUCAUGCACUGCAGCUGCGACGAACGCUUCCGCGCAUGCCUCAAAGUGGUGGACAGCAGUGACUCCAACCUCGUAGGAAAAUUAUUUUUCAACGUAGUCCAAACCAAAUGCUUCGUGAUCAAGCCGAAGAAGGUGUGCGUGAAGAGCUCCUGGUGGGGCCAGUGCGAGAAGUUCAAGCACAUCAAGCAGGCCAUCUUAAGGGACAAUUUGCCAUACUAGUGACUUUAGUGAGAAUUGCAGUAAUUUUCGAAAAUGUUUAUUUAUUGUGAUGAUUUGAUGUAAGAAGUUUAUUUUUGUACAUACUUUUAAUAGGUUUAAUUCGAUUCGAUUUACUUAAUUGUGCCAAAUUAAGCUAGUGGUCGGUCUGUGGUAUCUACUUAAAGCGACAAUAUAGAGCGACUGAGUAACGUGUUCUUAUUGAAAAUUUUCGAAAUCUCCGUUGUAACUGUGUAAAAUUAAGGCAAUAAUGUAAUUUAUUUGAGAUGUGGAUGUGUAACGAGCAAUAACUUGAAUAAAAUUAUUGUUACGAA